CGUUUCAGCAAAGAAUUUAUUAUCGAUUCAAUCCUUUUAAUACUGACGAAUAAUACUUUUACCUUUGAUGAUAGAAUAUUCCUUCAAAAGAAAGGUACUGCGAUGGGAACGAAAAUGGCUCCCAGCUAUGCAACCCUUGUUCUCGGAUAUUUGGAGAACGAACUCUACAGUCAGGUCUUUAAUAAAAUGGGAGAAGAAAUAGGCCAUUAUGUUUACACAAACUGGAGAAGGUUCCUGGAUGACUGCUACAUAAACUGGCCUUACGGUCAGGAUAAAUUAAAGGAACUUCACGAUAUUUUAAACAGCUUAGAUGGAAGCAUUCAACUUACUGCAAAACUAGCUGCAAAGAACUUCCGUUCCUUGAUGUGAUGAUAAGAAAAGACAAAACUCACCUAACAACCGAUAUUUAUUAUAAACCGACGGAUUCAUUCCAAUACCUCCCAUAUACAUCCAGCCAUCCAAGACACACUAAAAAUAAUAUACCAUACAACCUGACUCGGAGGAUAUGUAUGAUUGUUGAAAACCAGGACAUAAGAGAAAGGCGACUAGAUGAUCUCAAACAGAUCUUGCUGAGGAAACAGUAUCCAGCUGAGAUCAUUGAUUACGGUGUAAACAAAGCCCUCACCCUGACAACGGAAGAGUUAAGAAGGGUGAGAGAGCAAGCUACCGAAAAUAACCUCCUUUGUCUGGUAACAACUUACAAUCCCAACAAUCCGCAAGUAUUCCAGCUGGUCAGGAGAACACUUCCCAUGUUAAACCAAAACUCCUCAUUAAAAUCCAUUAUGAGCAAGACUAAAGUAAUUCACAGUCAGCGACAACCCCGAAACCUCAAACGAAUGUUAACUAACUCCUAUUUCUCC